UCUCUUCACAAGCUACUUAUGAACUGGACUUUUUCUACAUUUUGGGCUUGCAACAACACAGGCACUGCCCACAGGUAUUCAAGUUAUAGCAAUAGCUUAGUACAUAAUCCAUGAGCGCAACUAAAGCAGCUCUGUUAUGCCUUGGGGAGUGACAUUGUGUUAGGACAUUAACUGCGCCGAAGACCACCUAUCGUUAUAUCGAGAGGCUUGUCGGAUCUAGACAUAUGGCUAAACAGCAUGCUUGUUUUCUUUAGGUCGUUGCGCCCCACCUCGCACCAUUGAUCUGAUCGUCAGAUAUUCAAUUUCGCAUUUGCGAAUUUUCAUCAAACGCUCGCACAGAUUUUAAAGGGUUUCACUGCCAACGACCUUGUAGUGGCACGUCCAUCUGUAGGUCGGAACUGCACGCGUCUUGGCGCGUUGCAUGGCCCCUCAGCUGGAGAGGAGCGCUUCGACUGUGCGGGAGAGCAUGGCGGCUUUUCAGCGGUCGGCCUCUUCCGUGAAGCUGGAUUGUAGCAGCAAUCCCAUUUUGCAGCGGACGAAUUCCAUGCUAUCCUCGGAGACGAAGCUGAAGGCUGCCCCGAGCACAUUGGUGAAGGAUCAGGUCGCCAACCCUGCCAUCAGGAACCGGAACGUCGUGAUCGGAUUGCUGUCGUGUUUGCUGAUUCUGGCUGUGUCGUGGCAUUCCAUGUCGCCCGAAGGCGUCCCGGCGGAUUCGUUCGAUGCCGGGAGUGGUCAGUCGGCGUGGUCUCACGGGGGCAGGGCGAUGCCAUACAAGGAGUUCGUGCAGAAGAGCCUUGUAGGGGGCAUGAAGUUUUUGGUGCAGGACCCGCAGAUCAAGAUGACGUAUCACAACGGGCCUCUUCUGACCGGAACGGGUGGCGUGUUGAAGGUGAAUGUGAUAUUCUACGGGGGGUGGAGCGAGAAGCAGAAGGCCAUAUUGACAGACUUUGUGAGGUCUUUCUCGAGUCCGAAACCCCGGACGCUUUUCCCGACGGUGGCGGGGUGGUGGGCGAUCUUGAAGAACUACAAGGACAGCAAGAAGGUGCCCGUGGCAGCCACCGUAACAUUGGGGAAGGUGUACACGGACUCCAAGUACAGCUUGAAGAAGUCUCUGGCGGAGUCGGAUAUCGAGAAGCUGGUGGUGGCGUCGCUGAAUUCGACGGGGGUGGAUCCGAACGCAGUGUACCUGGUGUUGACCUCUGCGGAUGUGGGCGUGCAAGGGUUCUGCAGCUCUCUGUGCGGAACCCACAGCUGGACUCGGUCGCCGGCCACGCAACACAAGGUGCUGCCAUUCGUGUGGGUUGGGAACCCGGCGACCCAGUGUCCGGGGCACUGCGCGUGGCCGUAUGCGAAGGCGGAGUACGGUGCGGGCCCAAACACGGCUCCGUUGAAGGCUCCGAACGGGGACGUGGGCGUGGACGGGAUGUGCAUCAGCAUCGCCGGCUUGUUGGCCGGGGCGGCGACGAACCCUCGGAACAACGGGUACUACCAGGGAGGAGCGCUGGACCCGCUGGAGGUUGCGACGGUGUGCGGAGGGAUCUACGGCGAGGGCGCGUACCCAGGGUAUGCGGGGAAGAUUCUGAAGGACAGGAACGGGGCGAGCUACAACGUGAACGGAGUGAACGGGCGGAAGUAUUUGGUGCCGUUCGUGUUCGACCUCAGGACGAAGAAGUGUGGGCUGCAGGGGUGAUUUGAGGCACGUCGACGACGACGUGGAGAUGGCGGUGGCGAAGAGUGUGCGAGGAGAAUGUGAUGGCCUUGGUUGGCAUCUGUGCGGCUGACUGCCCCGAAGAGGAGGCGUCCGGGGCCGCCGAUGGAACGAAGGGAUUGACAGAAGGGUGAUGAGUAUUGUUGUGAAGUGAGCAUGAUUUAUGGACCCCGGAUUCGUUGAGGACGGGGCGACAUGGUUUUGUAGGUUGUUGAUGCAAUAAGUAGCUGAGCAGUGUCACACGCGAAUGCAGCGGGUGGAUUGCCAGCGGUUCCUCUGGCAUUGUGACCUCCACGGAUCGGUUUGACCACCGCCCGUCGUUAAUGCAAUUGGGAAUAUAUUUUGGCUUUGCAUUCUCGAGUUGUUAUGUUUUAGGAGGGAUGACGUCAGGAUGUUUAGCAGUUUGGCGUUAUCAUUGUAGAUUGCAUGAGAUAGCUGUGAGACUGAUUCGAUCGUUGUUUAGAAGUUUGAUUGAACUUCGUGUUUUGUGUUUUGCGACAACUUCCGCUAGAAAGCUUUGAAA